CACGUUUCUGCUGAGCUGCUUGAUGCACAUAAAAUGGUCAAGACGGUAUCAUACAUAUAUGAAUGAUGUAAAUAUUAUUUUGUGUGAUGUCAGGGACGAGUAUGAGAACGAUAAGACGCCUUUUCUCGAGCUCUGUUUUAUACCGUUUUGCGAGCAGCCACAUGAAUAGGAGCAAUGAAAUAAAGAGAGUCUCGAUCGAAGGAAACAUUGCGGUUGGGAAGUCAACAUUUGCCAAGCUGCUCCAGAGUGCAGGACAGGACUGGGAAGUGAUCGCAGAGCCCGUCAGCAAAUGGCAAAAUGUGGACCAAACGACUCGGCAGACUGCGGAUGGUGCUCAGCAGUCAUCCAGUAACCUGUUAGAGAUGAUGUACCAUGAUCCAAAGCGCUGGUCCUACACUUUCCAGACGUUCUCCUGCAUGAGCCGCAUGCGCACACAUCUGCAGCCCCUUGCUGCCAGGUUACUGCAGUCCACAGGCACACCGGUACAGGUGUACGAGCGCUCCGUCUACAGUGACAGGUACAUCUUUGCUUUAAAUAUGUUUGAGCUUGGCUGUAUAAACUCAACAGAGUGGGCUGUGUAUCAGGAUUGGCACUCCUUUCUUGUUGAGCAGUUUGGUCAUCGAAUUCAACUGGAGGGCAUCAUAUAUCUCCGAGCAUCUCCACAGACCUGCAUGGAGAGGUUAGGCAGACGAGGUCGAAUGGAAGAAGAGGGAAUUCAGCUUGAUUACCUCGAGAAACUCCACAUGAAACAUGAAGACUGGCUCAUCAACAAGAGUACAAAGGUUCAUUUUGAGCACCUGGCCAAGCUGCCGGUGUUGGUUCUGGAUGCUGAAGUAGAGUUUGAGAAGGACGCUAAGGUUCAAGACGAUCUCUUGACAAAGGUGAAAGAUUUUUUCAGCGUAUUAUAAAUGACAUGAUGGGACCGAAGGACAUGGAUUAUUUUGUAUGGACCAUUUCUUUAUGACAGUGAACAUCACUUAGGACGGUGGAGUGUUUGACCAAGUAGCAGAUCUAAAUGUUCUUUGCAGCAGACUGUCAUCUCUAAUGCAGGUUUCUGUACAUUCGCGGUGGAGAUGAAGUCGGUCUGUGGUUGGCAGUAGAGCACAGAAAUCCCACCAUGACCAAUAACUAGUUAAAUAAACAGGAAGUCAGUUUGUUAGUUACUGCACUGAAGAUUUUUUUGCAAUUCUGGGUAAUAAAAACUGUACUGUGAUGUAUACUAUAAAUACUGUGUUGUGAUAUAUAGUUUAAGACAUAACUUGAUAAACAGUUACUGUUUUUGAUCAUUUAAAUAAAUCUAAAUACCUC